AUGACGCCACCCCUCCUGUUUAAACCCAAGGAAGGUGAAGUCUUACAACUUUACCUUGCUGUCAGCACGACAGCAGUCAGCGCGGUGCUAGCCCGAGAAGACGAAACACAACAACUGCCCAUCAACUACAUCAGUAAGUCCUUGUUAGAGGCAGAAACCAGGUAUUCCUCCCUCGAAAAACUUGUUCUGGCACUCGUUACUGCAGCCAAAAAACUAAGGCAUUAUUUUGAAACUCACCAAAUAGUGGUGAUGACUAACUAUCCAAUCAAGUCUGUGAUGCGUAGGCCAGAACUGACAGGUCGAGUGGAAAAAUGGACGAUGGCUCUAGGAGGAUUCGACAUCAAAUACCAACCAAGGAAAACCGUAAAGUCGCAGGCCCUGGCAGACUUUGUGGCAGACUUCAGCCCCGACUUGGAGAAAAUUGCAGACGACGAAGUCAAGCACAUCAACAGUAUAUAUGGAAUAUGGACACUCUUCGUCGAUGGCUCAUCUAACUUUCGUGGUGCAGGUCUGGGCGUCGUGCUGAAAUCACCACAAGGGGACAUGAUAGCACAGGCCAUAUGCUGCGACUUCAAGGCGACAAACAACGAAGCAGAGUACGAGGCGCUAAUCGCCAGAAUGACGUUAGCCGGAGAGUUAGGAGAAAAUGGACUCGACAUUUUUAGUGAUUCCCAACUGAUCGUCUACCAAAUCAACGGCGACUACGAAGCCAAAGAUCUCAAAAUGACCUUAUACCUCGAAAAAGCCAAGAAGCUUACCACAAAAUUCAAACCCUUCUCCAUAAAACAAAUACCACGCGACCUAAACACACAAGCCGACGCUCUCGCAAACUUAGGAUCCGCACUCAGAAAAUCCGCGUUCUCGACCAUACCCUUAGUACACCUGCUGUCGCCUGCCAUAGAAAAAGACAUCCCACAAAACGCCAACCUCGUCCUAUCAACCACAAAUACAGACAGCUGGACCAAAUCCAUUCUCGACUACCUAACACAUGAAACACUCCCUGAGGACAAGCUCGAAGCCAGAAAAAUACUUUUCAAAGCUUCACGAUAUGUUACUUUGCAGGACGUGCUAUUUAAAAAAUCAGCUAAUGGGAUGAUGAUGCGAUGCGCAGAAAAGACAGAAUUGGAAGGACUACUCCAGCAAUACCACGACGGAGAAUGCGGAGGACACGAGGGCGGACGAAGCUUCUCUACGAGGAUCAAAAGGAACGGAUACUAUUGGCCGACGAUGUUCAAAGACGCCAUGAGCUGUUGUCCCACAUCGAUUUUCAAAUGGCAUUUGCUUAUUGAAACCAGUGGAGGGCUGAAUCAACAGAGACUUGGGAUAACGUAUGUUGUGGUAGUAGCUAGAAUACUUAAUGCUACUCAUUCCUAUUGGAAAGAUGAGAGUGACUUUGCAGACAUUUUUGAUGUUGAUUGGUUCAUAUCUUCUCUUGCAAAGGAUGUGAAAAUUGUAAAAAGAGUUCCUGAUAAAAUCAUGAGAUCUAUGGAAAAGCCCCCAUAUACAAUGCGAGUACCUAGAAAGUCAACCCUCGAAGAUUAUUUAGAACUCGUCUUGCCAAUACUUUUGAGACGAUGUAUAAGAAUUCUCCUUCUAUCUUCUACUCCAUAAAUCCUAAUGUUGUUAAAACUAAAAUUCCAUUACAGUUCAAAUUAUGACAAAGAGUGAAUGACCUCUUUCGAUAAACCGGAUGUUUCUAUGUUUCCUUUCACUUUGGCCCAGGAAGCUCUAUUUUGGUUUAUAGCUUAUUACAGGCCGAAAUAUUCUGGUUUUAUGGUCUCGAACAUAAUAUGUAAUUUUAACAUAUGUUAGUAGUUUGUUUUUUGGUUUGAGAAAUGUAAUAAAUAGAGCAGGCUUGUAGUUAUU